AUGCGAAGAUACGAAUCUCCUGUCAAGCUUCCGGCAAUCAAGAAAAUCAGGCUUGCUCCCACUCCUCCGAGCAGUGGUCGUUCGAAGAGGCAGCCAUCUUCAGACGAGAAGUUGUCUGACUUGCAAAAAUCUCGGCCGCAGCUUAGAAGCCUGGAGCAAGCCCACGCACAGGACCUUCACCCACGCGUCAGUGAGAAAGCUCGGAUUCUGGAUGGCAACGACGCCGAAGAUCUUUUCGAUGUCAGCAGGUUUGAAGAUGACCCUGACGCGUGGCAGCAACACAAAGAAAGCAUCGAUGAAUUUCUCCGGCGCAUGCCCAUCGAAGAAGCUCCUGCCUGCGCGCAGAGUGACUGGCUCUGGGUGCAGUGUCCCAAGGUACCCCGAAGCCGUGCCAAGUCUCUGGGCGCAGUGAAGAAUGGUUCUUUCCGAGAUUGCAACGAUCUUUUCGCGAAGUACGCCGUCCAGAAAGCGAAAAUCGAAGAACAGAAUCCGGGCAUGGACCCAUCCACCAUCACCCGCAAGAUGGCACCCUAUCGCGACCAGCUCGAAGGCGACAUCCUCGCUCUUGCCGUUAAAAGUGGAGUCACUGUCGGGAAGUGGAUGCUGUUUCCGAAAAGGAAAGAUCUCGCACAAUACUGGCGACUCGUGGCCACUGGAACCGCCGAGGGUAAUUUGGGCAUCACAGCCAAAGUCAGCACCGAGCCUUCUGAGGAGACCCUCAUAUGCGUCUACACCUACGAUUUCUCCGACACCGAAGACGUCGUCAGAGUACUGAAGGAGCUCGAGAAUUUGGGUCUUUGCUCCACCACAAGCAAACCAAUCUACUACAAGUGCGAUGCGUACACCUACUUGGGCAUCAACUACGGCAACAAAUACAGCCUGAGAGCAAGCCUCUUCUCCAGCAAAGACCUCCUCCAAAAUGAAUUCAAAGCAUUGAGAGACGGACCGGUCGCGAGAUUGAAGAAGCGCAACAAGAAAAUGACCGAAUUCUGCACGUAA